GCUAAUCUGUGGAAAACAUCCUGUAAAUGUAUGGAACAGGAUUCUAUGCCAUAUUUGGUAAAUGGUAGACGGGACAUCCUCUUGGAUUAAAGACACGCGUUAUAUAGAAUUCUUCCACAGCCAGUGUUGAGCAGGACGUGUGGAGACAAGGGAGGGCUCACCGGGGGAGGGUUACAAUACACUGCACACGGCAAAAACUUUCUCCAGGGGACAGGACUCACAACUCGCGAAGUUUAAGACAUGUUUCUUUCAGAGUCUGAGGAUGAAUUAGAACUGCUCAAGUCCGAUUUUGAUUCUGAGAGCGAGUAUAGCAAUUGCAGCCUCGACGAGGACUACAUUCCCCGGGGAUCAGAUAAGGAAGACUUUACUGAUGACGACAGUUCAGACGAGGAGUGGGGGAGGAGGCCCACGAAAAGAAGAGCUUCCAAGAGGCAAGGUUGCUCUGUAGCGGCUUCUCCGGCGUCAUCACCCCUGAAAUCUGCACUGAAGAAACAUGGACUGAGUCCCCUCAGAAAGAAGGUCCACUAUGAAGCUACACCCCAAAAGAACUUUUCAUCCCCCAAAAAUGGCAAGGCCCUCUCCUCCCCACGCAGGAAAACUCGAAGUGGGAAGCUGCUUACGGGAGCAAACGAGGAUGAUGAAGAUCGGUGGCAUAACAUUGACGAAGAAGAUGUUGAGCCCCCACAACCGCGGUUCAGACCUGAGAGGGACGUUGGGCCGCAGCUCAACAGAACGGCAAAUUACACACCGCUCGAGCUCUUCCAGCUGUUCUUCUCCACAACAGUUAUUAAAACUUUGGUAAAAAACACCAACGCCUAUGGGGAAAAGAAAUACCAAGGCCAAAAGGAAAGCUGGGUGCCCGUCACAGCAGCAGAUAUGUACUCCUUCCUUUGCCUUGUCCUCUACAUGGGAAUCGUACCACUCAAGACUCUGAAGGAGUUCUGGAGAGGAUCUAAGCUCUUCAGCCUCCCAUUCCCUGCCUCCGUUAUGCCCUGCAGACGCUUUCUAACCAUUUCUCGAAGUCUACACAUGAAUGAUCUUGCUGUCGAAGCAGCCAAUGACCAAAAGAAGGGGACACCUGGUUUUGAUAGAUUUUGCAAGAUAAGGCCGCUGUAUGAGCAGAUUUUGGAAGCCAGCCACACUUUCUUUCAUCCCCACCAGCAUAUUUCCAUAGACGAACGGAUGGUGGCCAGUAAAGCGAGGAUUGCGUUCAAGCAGUACAUUAAAAACAAACCUACGAAAUGGGGCUUCAAGCUUUUUGUUUUAGCAGACUCAGUCUGUGGCUACACACUGAACUUUUUUGUGUAUGGGGGAAGAGACUGUGUGCCCACAGGGAAGGGGCUAAGCUAUGAUACUGUCAUGAGGCUGCUGGACAUCCCCUUCCUAGGCACAGGAUAUAAGCUCUAUGUGGACAACUUCUACACCAGUCCCACACUAUUCCUUGACCUACUCAAGAGAAAAAUCUGGGCAUGUGGCACCGUUCGCUCCAAUGUAACUGGUUAUCCCAGGACAAAAGGCAAUAACAUGGCAGAGAAAACACCAAGGGGAACCAUCAGGUGGAUCAGAAAAAAAGAGCUGUUGUUUGUGAAGUGGUUCGACACCCGGGAGGUCACAAUGUGUUCCACUAUACACAAAGCAUACAGCCAUGACAAGGUAAAGCGCAAAGUGAAAGACUCAGACGGCCAGUGGACAGUGAAGCAGGUGCCCAUUCCAGGCAGCAUCAGAGAUUACAACCAGCACAUGGGAGGGGUGGACUUGUCAGAUGCGCUCAUUGGCUACUACAACGUCCUUCAUAAAACGCAGAAAUGGUACAAAACUUUUUUUUAUCAUUUUGUGGACAUAGCUACUGUGAAUGCGUUUAUUCUCCACAAAGAGAUGUGCAAACUGCAGAGUCGACCUGUACUUACACAGAAAAACUUCAGGGAACAGCUGAUUCUGUCCCUGGCCGAGAUCGGGUCUACGCCACGUCGCUCAGGUCCACAGAACUUCAUGCUGCCUGCCUCUCCUUUCAAAUUGCCUCCAGAUUCUCUGUCCAAAUUCCUGACUGCUUCCCCAUCCAAAGUGUGCAUGCCCUCUCCAUCGAAUGCACCGCUCAGCUCACAGCUCACUGCAGCAUCCCCUGGCUCUCACUCCACAGUGCCACCUCUACCCACGUCCACUGAGGUGCCUGCUGCUGCAGUCCCUGAUAUUCCAGGUUUAGGUCACCUGCCUGCUUACUUUGUGGAACAAAUGAGCAACGUGGCCUCCAGAAGCCGGGCCACUGCUGGCAGGAGGGCAUGCGUGGUCUGCAAAAGAAAGUCACCGGUCUAUUGCAGCACCUGUCAAAAAACACUUUGUUUCACCACUUUAAGAAAUUGCUAUAGCAAGUGGCAUAGAAGCAAUAUGAUCUGCGUUUAAGCGACUGGGAUUACUUGAAUGUAUUCUGGAUAAGUGGUUUUUGAUAGGCAAAGUGAACUUAAAAAGCGUUCACUAAAUUGACUUCAAUCACCACUCGUGCACAAAUUUCAACUUAGGUUUUUAUGACUAUGAACAAUACUUAACAAACCUGUUCAGGUUGUUUCUCAAAGUAGUAGAUUGUGCGCUUAUUUAGAUAAUAACCUUGCAUACCUGUGAUCAAUUAGCUACAAGAGUGCCUUCAUAAAGGAAUUCAGUUUACAUAUAGCGUCAACAACAAUACAAGUUAUCUCAAGACACACAAGAAUCUGAAUUAUCUUGACUGGUAAAAGUUAUUCAUAGCAUAAGUAUUUUUCGUAUUAGUGCUUCUAAGAUCCUCAAAGGAGACACAUCUUGCACAUUUCAAGGUCGAUAUUUUUAUUUGGGGUUUUACUGUGAUAUCUCUACUACUGUAAAUACUUGCAAACUAGUAAAAACGGUAUUUUCAUUACUGCCUCUGAGAAUCUCACAUGAGCUUCAAGCUGGGUUUAUAGUUGUCCAGCGUAUCCACAUAGAGCCUAGGUGGCAGCGCACAAGAGUGGCAGCAUUUAUACUUGUGAACCUGUGUGUCUGCAUGUGUAGUGGUGUCUGUAACACCCUGGUUGGCAUCUAAUCAGCUCUUGAGCUGGAACUGAACUCAACUGCUCACGUUGGAGCUGACAAAUGUGGAACAUUUAUACCAAUAUCACUGAAAAGUAAAUAGAAAUGCCUUGGUAGACUGUGUGUAGGAUGUAGAAUGUAUAGAGGGUUAAUUAUUUCCAUGCUACCGGGGCCCUUGAAACAUGGACGGGUGGGGGGGGCGGGGAUGCAGCUGGCGCACCUAAGAGUUAAAUUGUUCACAGGUUGGCGCUGUAGUUCUCACUCUCUGUAAUCUGUAAGGGCACUAAUUAGGAGAUCAUCAGCUUUAAAACAAAGUAAUACAGCAGAGUGACUUUGAGUGGAACAUGCUCCUAAUGAGGGGGUAGUUACACAUCUUAUCCAAAAACCAUGUUUUCUACAAACUAAUUAAAAUGCUGGAACACAUAAGCGGGACAACAUCUACCUAGCUCUGUCUGAAAGACUUGCGUACCUCAUUUUCUACUUUAUCUGCUUCCAAGAACUUUUCCUACGUUGCAUGGAACUUGAAAUUACUUUAUUACUGUUCUCAUGUCGGGAGCGCAUGUACUUUUACUCCCACAAUGUAAUGUAAUAUAAUGUAGAAUUACUUUGUCAGAGGGAAGUGAAACAGGACUGACACUUGAGUCCAAGAACACAUGCUGUGGAGCUUAUUGACAUUACCACUGCCAUGUUUCUGCAUUCAUUUCAUACUUUUAUUAAGGGAUGUGAGGUUAAUGUGGGACACUACUGUUCUUUUUUUUUUAUCACAUUGCGUCUGUCCUUAUCUACUUUAGAUUGCGCGGCUGGUGCAGACGGGCGUUGAUCUCGUGUCACCUCGGCAGUUAAUGAUAAAACCACCUUGGCUUCAGGUUGCGUUCAUCCUGCAGAGAUAUAUUUGGCUUCUCUGCACCAGUGAAAGGUGUUUUUACGCCGCAUUCCUCAGUGCCGCUACACUCUACUGCCUCACUUACAUCAAUGUAAACUUGAAAAAUAAGACAGUCGUGAGAAUGUGCUUUCUACUGUGGUGCAACAUGUACAUUUAUAGCACGCUGAGGGAUCACACAUGAACCAAAUGAUGCAAAUACUUGUGCAUACUGAAAGGAUUAUCCAUGUUUACAGAAGUUUUAGAGAGUUCUCAAAAUGAAAAGCAAUGACCUCAUCGGCUAAGUCCUGUAAACCUCAUGGCUGAAUAGGUUUUGGAAAUGAACUGGACCGAACUUGAAAAGAUAUCACAUGUUCUCAGAAAUCCAAAGGAUCCAAAGCUAGUAUCAGAAUGAUGAUAGACCUUUUUAUAUCUGAAAAACUUCAUGUCUUUAAUUUACCACAUUUUCUAUUCUAGUUGUGUGUAAUUGUACGUGGUUGUAGAUUUUAUUUUUAUUUUUUUUGCAUAUAUUCUGUCAAUAAAUUUUGUUAUAAAGAC